AUGGAGGAACGACCCUGAAGCCCUACAUGACACGUCCUUCAAGAUUCUGGUUUGUCCGUGGCACUUAAGCAAACGCGCCUUUUGGGACCAGCCAGCAUGACGUCCCCACUAGAAUCGCUACCUAACGAGAUUUUCGACUUGAUCAUCACAUUUCUCAUCGGUCACGAUGUCACUUCGCUCCGUCCAAGCUCCGUCCCCGACUGCACUCCACUCGCCAGACUGUCGCGAUGCUCUCGUUUGCUCAACAGCCGCGUGGAUCAUGUACUGUUCGGUACCAUAGAGGCGCGUAAUUCGGCUUUGCGACACGGUUGUGUCAGGGGCAACUUGCCUGCCAUUCGAAAGGCAGUCUUGCGCGGCGCACAUUCAGUCACCGUGCGACGACACCGUCGCACCAAUAACUCCGUGCGGGCCGAACCACAAGCUGGUCACAGGGAAGCUUCAGCGCUGCAACUGGCUCUGAAGGCGAGGCAAUUUGAUGCUUUUGAGUUGCUGCUGAAUCUAGGUCUGAGCAUCGCCCCACGAGACUUUAGGGAUACCACCAUCUUGGGUGAACAAGUCAAGACAUUUGCCCGGAAACUAGCCGAACCUCGCAAUGUCCACUUCCUCGAGGCGUUCGUCAAUGCACGGCGGAACACGCCAUACUGGCACAAGGACACCAAGGAAAAAUGUAGCCAGGCUGAGGCUGUGCUUAGCAGAAUGCCAUUUGCAGACGUCGUUCGGUGGGCUUCACCAACGCUCCUAGAGAAGCUUCUGGACAACGGUGCUCAGGUCAAUGAGGCCGUGGUCUCUCGGAACGUGGUAGAGGGCCAGAGACUGCCCAUCACCGCUCUGGGUGCGGCGUGCUUACGAGGAGACAUGGAUGUUUUCAAGCUCCUGGUCGCUCGAGGUGCACAGAUUGGCAUCUCAAAUUCGCUCCGCCGUCAAUAUCCAAAGACACAUUCUCACAUUCCGAUCUUCAUGGCGGCACGACAUAUGGGCGAGACGGGCAGGACCGACGUGCUCGAUGCCUGUGUUAAAGGCGGCGAAGAUAUUGACCGGCCCUGCCACAUCCGCCGCGCUCCACUCCCGGACGAGUAUCUUCCACCGGGAUUCCUGCAUGUGUGCACAACACCGCUGCUGACUUAUCUGGACGCGAUCAGCUCGUGGGAGGCUCGGCCAGCUAGUACUAGUCCUGGAUUGCCGGGGCUCACGCCGACCGAGGGUGUGGCCCAUUUCAUCAAGACCUUGGGAGCAGCCAUGCCGAGUCCGGUGGCGCCACCGUUCAAGUACAGCCUUUGCAUUUGGCGGCAAGACCUCCACGACCGCACUUAUGCUGGAGUGCCAUCGGCUGUCGAGUUCUUGCUCGUGAAGUGGGGUACAGAAGCACUGGCUCAGCCCAGGUUCUUUACAACUAUCAAGCUCCUCGUCGAGAAUGAUGGGACGGGACCGGACUUGGGAAAACUGAUGGUACGCCUGGACGGACAGAACAACAGCUCGACGACCGACUUUAUAAACAAGGAAGGGCUUUGGGACAAGUUCUUGGCAGUCUUGACACCACGAGUGAGCGCCAUGGACCAGACGACCAAGAACAUCCUGCUCCGCCGCGUCAUCGUGGACAAGGGCGCGCUGCGCCAUACUGUCUAUUCCCCAUCACGCUGGGUCAAGGUCCGCGCGAUCGGUCAGGCUAGCAUCCGAGCCCUCGUCGCUGCCGGGGCGGAUAUCAACGACCAGGAGAGCGUAAAACGCCUAGGCAAUCACGUUGCUGGAUACACGCCACUCAACCGGGUCGUCUCCGACUUCGUCCACACCGAUAGCCUGGUCGGGGAAUAUCUCCACGACCACCCAAGAGACCACAGGUCUGCGUGCCCAUACACUGCGGACGUGGUCGAGGCGUUCGGGGGAUACCUUGCUUUCCUAGUGAGCCUGGGAGCAGAUCCAAAGUCGGAGGAGGAGAGGUGGCUCUAUGACGAUGAGUCCAGUGCGGUCGAGAUGCUCAUCGCACAGAUCAGGAAGAGUAGAUCGAGACAUGUGGGCGGGCUCGUCGAGCAGAGUCUUCUGAAAAUAGCAGCAAAGAUGCAGGGUCUGGAGGAGAUUCCCGAGUACACAGGGGAGAGGGACCCCUUUUCUGAGCGGUUGGGCAACAUGAUAGGCUUCAGCAUGAGUUACUUCUCUCGUGUGUCAUGCCAGGUCGAGGAAGACGUGUAGAUAACAAAACCUUUGUCAGGCUAGCUGAAUGCUAGUCAUAGAAUGGUCUAAUUACGAAUAAUGAAAGAAAUGUGUUUAAGCG